GGAUGAGGUCAUCGCAAAGAACGCUCGUCACGUGCACUACGCUCCGAUAGGCUGGUAAAGGAGCAGGAGGCGGGACCAACGGAAGACUUGACACUGAGGCUAAUUUAAAGGGAUAGGUCAUAUUUUUCCUUUAAGCUGUCAAUGUUUCUGUCUUUUGCAGUCUUUGUUUAAUUUUUUUAUUAUGACCUAAGGUUAUUAACUGAAAUUACACUCCAUAUUGUAAUUGUAGUUUUAUUGUAUUUUAAGUGUAGUAUAGUUUAUAGUAGGUUUGUAGCUCUAUUUAGUCAGGUGUUGCAAGGGUGGAGACUUUAGUUCUUAUUCUUUAUCUCUUUGUUAAUUUUAAUGUAACUGAAGAAAAAAAACACAAUUUGUCACUUUGUGUAUACAUUUCAAAUAGCCACUUUUUGAUUUGAGCAAAUAAAAAGGUAUUUUUAAAGGCUGUUUUAUGCAUCCAAUGACAGAAGAGAUUGUCUAUGGUAGGUUUAGACCGUGAGCUGCAUUUAGAAUAUGCAUGUAACUGCAUGCCCCCGUAACCCCAAUGAAACUAAUUAGGCCCAUGAGUGAAAGGAAAUCACUACAGCGUAGCAGUAGGCUUGUGUCAUUACUGGCAUCCAGUGGGGACUUGUUGCUAUGUUUAUUUUGCCUACAGAAAGCCUUGUCAGAUACAUUACCUGGCAACUGUCUCGUGACUCAGGUGUGGCACUGGUUGUGAAAUAACUAUAUUUUCAUCAAGUGCAUUAAAUUUGGCAUGACAGCAUGUUGCAUUGAGCUGAUGAUUUUUAUUUUGUGGCGUAACUGUAUUUGACCAUAGUUGACUCAGCCUGCAGCCCUGCACCUCCCCACAUCCAUAUGCUCCAGUGCGUCAGCAUGUAACCACUCAUUAUCACUUAAUGACCGUGGAAAGUUUAAUCAGGAACAUUUUCACACCUCAUUACUAUAAAAGGAGCACAAUUACUCUGCAUGCAAUUAUUUAAAAGAAUACAGAGGACCUUUCAUCCAACAUGAAUGUGUGUAUGUAUGUCAUAAUGUCAAUGUCUUUUUUUAUUUUUAAAACAUAUCUUUGAAAGCCAAAGUAUCUCACUGUUUCUUCAUAUAAUGAGAAUGAAGGCAUGUUGGGAAAAGGCAGGGAACUUCUUAUUCCUCCUUACUUGACACUAAUGGCUGACACAGGUUGUUAAUGCCAGCAGCAUAGCAGGCACUGCCAUGGUUACCUGUGUUGAAACCAAGUCAUUAGGGAUUUUGAUUCCUAUCCCUCAUCUCUCUCACUGGCAUCAUAAACAUGUUUACUGGCCCUGCCACUGCCACAGAAUGAGUAAAAUGACAACAACUAUCAUACAAAAAUGAAAGCGAGGCCUCAGCUUCCUUCUUGAAAAUCAUGUGAAUCAGAGGCCUUUCUCCUUUCUCUACCACACUGACUCACAAGCUUGUCACGUUGCCUUAUAUGUUACGUUAUAGCAGUGCAAGGAAUCAAAUUGUCUGAAUAUUGUAAUAUUCUUGUAAUGUCAGUACACUGACGAAUGUAACUCAGUAUUUUUACAUAAAUCUAAUAUUUACAGCACCUGCCAUGAUUUUGUGAUCCAUCAGGGACUGAUGGUGCAAACGAGGGGAGGAGAAAGACAGAGCCACAGAGGAUUUGGUCUUUGAGCACACCCUGAACAGUCAGUUAGCAACAUCUCAAAGAGAAACAUGGAUGUACAAUGUGGUCGUUAAACGUGUGGUUGAGAUUUUGAUCUGUGAAAAAUGACUUGGAUGCUCGCCAUCUCGGUGGCCGCGGCCCUACUGGCUCUCUGUGAAGGAGAAAACACUGUACAUGAAGGAAACAGCCUGUCUACAUCUGGCUACCAUCUAUGUAUCCGCAAUGAGACAAGGAUUGUGUCUAUACUGACGAUGCACAAGGUCCCCUAUACCACGACGAAGCCUUGUGGCGGCUGGCUUCUCUGGACGACAUGUACAGUCACACUUUACAGGAUGAUCUAUCAGACAGAGUACAGGACAGUGAUGGAGCAGGUGACCAGGUGCUGCGAUGGCUACGUUCAAGUCGGUCAUUACUGUGCCCUGCCUGUAAACAGGAGUGGGGAGUUCACUGCCAAGCCAGGAUCCUGUCCAACUGCAGAUGGAUUGCAUCCCGGAUCUGAGGACUGUGAGUGGGACAUGGACUGCCCAGGCUGGCAAAAAUGCUGCCAGAAAUUGGAUCACUCUGUCUGCCGUCAACCUGCAAGCUCCUCAUAUUAUUUUGAGAAUGGAGGUUACCGUUUCAAUGCAACGGUGACAGUGAAGGCAGAUUACGAACAGCUGAUGUCCAAGAACAGAGGACUUCUGAAUCACACAAGAUUGCUACAAGCAAUGGUGACUGGAGCGCUGGAGUCUGAAGUUUCAGUUUAUUACCUCAGCUCAUGGCCUGUGCAUCCCUAUAGAACUGCCACCUCACUGCUGAUCAACUGCAACUCUACUCUUUCUCUGCACAAUGUCACAUCAAAGCUGCAUCUUCUCCUCAAACACAUACAGGAGGUGUCAUCUGUAACCGUGGAAGAUGUAGAUGAGUGUGCACAGUCUGCUCUCCAUCAGUGUUCUCUUCAUGCACACUGUAACAACACGGUGGGGUCCUACCACUGUGCCUGCCAACAAGGAUAUACUGAUGUUGAGCCCAGCAACCCUGGAGCCAAUUGUACAGCUGACAUCAGUGUGCCAACCACCACAGAGCCCGGGCUUACCUACUUUCCACCCAUAAACACAACCUACACCCCAGCUUCAAACACCCCACAGCACCCUCAAGGCAAUGUCACCACGGGUCUCCUUAACUCCACUGAGACAAGCAUGACUACCGCUCUGACGAAUACAAGCUCUGUCCCUUAUAAUUCAUCACAUGCUCCGCAGUGGACAAGUUCUGCACCUUACACCAGCAUGGACUCAACUGUAGAGUCACCUCUGCCAACAACCACAUGCUCUCCGCCCAGCAUCACCAGCUUGAGGUUGGCUAACGUCACUGGAACCUCCUUCCAUGUCUACUGGUCCAGCCAGUUGCAGACCAACCAGACUUACCAGGUUGUUGUAAAAAAGAGGUCAGAGGUCAUUCAUAAUAGGGAAACCAGUCAGUCAAUGAUGGAGGUUGGGGGACUGCAGCCUGGGGUGCUCUACAAUGUUACUGUCACACCUUGUGUUUGUGGAAGCCAAGGAAUCGCCCUCCAUACAUCAGUCCGGACUGAUGCUCAGAGUCUUGACGCUACAGCACGGCUUACCAACAUCCAGUUCACUACCGAUCUGCACAACACCAGCAGCCAGGCCUACAAAAACCUCACUGAGAGUAUUACACAGGAGAUCUACAAGUCUCUGUCUCCAGAGAUGAAGGCCUUGGUGGAUUCCGGCCAGGUGAGAAUUGAAAUCAGAAGCUUCUUCCCAGGGAGUGUGGUGGUCAACUUCACCAUCAUCUUCACACCCAAUCAAAGCCAAGACAUCAGUAAUGUGUCUACAGCUCUGCUGAACUCCCUGAUGAACAGCACCAAAUACACUGUGGAUGGAAACAACACAAGCGUAAUUGAUUUUAAUGAAUGUGCUUCAGGGGAAAAUGACUGUUCCCAGUGGGCUGCAUGUAUAAACACCUGGGCCUCCUACACAUGUGUUUGCCUGGACGGAUUUAUAGACAACAACCCAGAAAGGGCUGGACGAGCCUGUCAAGCUCUCCCAGUUGUGAUCACCACUCCAACAACUGCUACUGCCCCGUCAACCACCACUUCUGCCCCUACAACCACCACAUCNNCUGCCCCGACAAUCACUACUGCUGCCCCGACAACCACAACUGCUGCCCCCGCAACCACAACUGCUGUCCCCACAACCACCACAUCUGCCCCGACAACCACCACUGCUGCCCCAACAAUCACUACUGCUGCCCUGACAACCACAACUGCUGCCCCGACAACCACCACAUCUGCCCCCACAACAACAACUGCUGCCCCCACAACAACAACUGCUGCCCCCACAACCACUACAUCUGCCCCGACAACCACUACUGCUGCCCCAACAACAACAACUGCUGCCCCAACAACAACUGCAGCCCCAACAACAACAACUGCUGCAAUGACAUCCAUGACUUCUAACCCCACAACUAUCGCUAGCAGUCUCACUACGACCAUUACAGCUCCGACCACCAAGGCUACUGCCCUAAAAACUGCCACCAAUGGCUUUAUGCCAGGGGCCAUCUCAGUCAAGUGCAGGGUUGCUGCCAUCACUGUAACAGUUGCCAAGGAUUUUCUUCUGAGCACCAAUAUCAGGGAGAGCGCUCUGUAUAUAGGCAUGUCAGAAUGUGGCGUCAACGGAGGCAAUGCCACCCAUGUCCAGCUGACCGUGGCCUGGGAUGAGUGUGACACUACGAUUGUGCAUAAUGACACUUACUACAUGGCAUCUGUGACCCUGUUCAACACCAUGGAUGCCACCUCACCCAAUGCAACAGUGAAGGUACCCAGAAUACGUCUGGAGGUUCCCAUCAUGUGUACCUACCUGAAGAGCAAGCUUAUCUCCGCUGACUUCAGCCCCAUGGGGUAUGACAUGAUCAAAGAUAUCAUCAUGGGCUCCGGGUCGUUCCAGGUGACAGUGCAGCUGAUGAAUGGUACAAUGCCUAUACCCCACAACUACAGCUUGUCCCCUGAGGAGGCUGUGGUGUUGGAAGUCAGCCUCAACACCUCCUCAGAGCAGAUUAAAGUAGUUAUCAACAAAUGCUGGGCCACUCCCACCCAAAACCCUGCAGACAUCUCCACCUACGUCUUCCUGGACAACAGCUGUUCCCUGAACCCAUACACCAAAGUGUUGAUGAACGGAAACUUCAGCACGUCUCGUGUGUCCAUACAGAUAUUCUCCUUCGUCAAACUGAAUGUGAUCUAUCUGCACUGCCAGGUCCAGAUCUGUGUACACAUUGCAUCAGAUAGCUGUGUGCCUGACUGUCUACAAAGAACAGCUCGGUCUUCAAACACAAUAGGAACAGCUUUCGGUUCUUCUGGGCCUCUGCUGAGGUUAGAUGUUGGUGAGUCUGAUGAGUCCUUGGAGGAAGGAAUGAACACUCUUCAUAUAGUUGGAUUCUCCUGUCUCGGAGUUGGCCUAUCGCUCUUCUUCAUCGUCGGUUUCAUCUGCCUGUUCUACUACCAAAGGAACCGCAUUGGACACUACAACUUCAGUGUCAAACCCAAGCAGGAGAACUUCACCUACCUUGUCUUUAACACCUAAGGGUGCAGCAGCAGCCACAAACAAAGUCACAGAAUUGGAAAAGAUCAACAUUCUUGCAGCAGCAGAUACAUUUACUCUAUUACAGUACAGCUGCCACUGAGUGGCACUGUUGCACCAUUCACAUAUAAAUUCUUACCAAACCAAACUGCAAACCAUUGCACAUUAAACACUGAAUGUAUAACUUAAAGUGCAGAUUAUAUUUAUAUUUCACCUGCCCCCUUGACGUAUAUUUAAGAUGUUAAAAUUAUAGAGUAGUUGUACACUGGAAUGUCAAAUAGGGUGACUAUGAAUAUUUAAUGAAUAUUUAACAUUAAAGACUGAAUAUGUAUGACUUGUUAAACAUUUGAAACUGUCUUAAAAAUGUUAAGCUACAUUUUGUCUUUAGUUCAUGCACAAACUAAAUUACAUGGUUUACGUAAAAAUAUUGCAAUGUAAUGAGUUUGCACUAAACUUGCUUGUAUUGCUUUGUGGAAAUGAUCAUGUUCAUGUAGUCAAAUAUGCUUAAAAUACAGAAUCUGCAAUACUGGUCAGGCACAGUUAUCACUUUAUUUUCUUUUAGCUGCUAUUUUUCUACAAUUACACUCUUUGUAUUUGCACUGUUUGUUACACAUCUGAAAUAUUUAUUCCACUGUCACUUGAACAAACUGUUAGUGCUGUAAGUGGGGUAACA